UGCUUGGCUACACUGCGCAGAGUUCUUUUUGUACUGUGCCACGAUGAGUGCUUUUGUCUGUGGAGAUUAAUUGAUUGAUUAUGUGCCAUUAGAUUAGCAUCAACUUUUAGGGACCAAAUAGAUGCAUUUUCUUCAUGAUGAUCUGUCACUAACCUCAUUAUCCAGGACCUCCAGUGAUACACCAAUCACUACUGUAAUUGAGUCCAUCCGCCUUGCUGCUUGUUCAUUUUUUUCUUUUUCCUUGUGUGCAUAACAAUAACUGAUGGUAUGAAAGGUAGAAAUAUAGAUGUAAGCAUGUUUUUUUUUUAAUUCAAGCACAAGAUUAUGUUUCAAAUAUUUGAUUGUUGUUUGGCUGAUUCAGUGAUUUUCCUGAGAAUACCAAUGGAUCAUCAAAAAAGCUUCACAAAUAGUGAUUCAAGGAGAUAGUUGUUCAUAAGCUAAUUUUAUUGCAAGAAGCACUGUUAAUGAAGAAAUUUAGCAAAGAGUUUAAGAUGCAAGCCUUACAAUCUUAAAUUUCUUUCUCUUGUGUGCGUUUUGCAGUGGACUAAGAGAAUCCCACUUCUGGGUGGCAAGCAAUGUUGACCCUUGUGAAUUGUUAUUGUAAUUAGGUCUCAGGUGAUUUUCUGCCAAACUUGCCUGAUCUAUCUAUCCUUUACAAAUCCCCUUACCAUUGCUUAAAGAAGUCCAGGAUCAAUAAUACUGGCUUUUUUAGUGCUUAUGUUGCAACCUGCAAAAAGUUCCCUCCUUCUACAGGUGCUCUGAGUCAGAAUCCAGGAUGACUAAGGUAAGAUUUGUAAAGAGUAAAAUGCUUUCUAUUCUUUUAGCAUUGCAGUAUAUGGGAGCAGCAGCACACCCUGCUUGACAUGGCCACUCCUCCCUUGUUCUGAACAUUCGCCAAGUGGUUGAGAGAGAAGAGCCAGAAGGAGAACAGCCACUUCAAGGGACUAGUUGUUCCUUUCUGCACUUGGAGAAAAUUUUUUGGAAAAGCUUGGAGAAGCUUUUUUAUGUUGGGGAAAUAUUGCAGCUGGAGAAAACAAAUGGCGUUACAAAUACACCACAGUUCUGCAAGCAGCCAAGUGGCCCAUCCUCAGGAGCCUCAUCAUCCCACAGAGAAGCCUGUCAUCCAUUGCCACAAAUGUGGGGAGCAGUGUAAAGGAGAAGUACUUCGAGUCCAGGCCAAGCAUUUUCACAUCAAAUGCUUUACCUGCAAAGUGUGCGGGUGUGAUUUGGCUCAAGGAGGCUUUUUCAUUAAGAAUGGUGACUACCUUUGCACUGUGGAUUACCAGAGGAUGUAUGGGACCCGAUGCAAUGGCUGUGGGGAGUUUGUGGAAGGAGAAGUUGUGACAGCUCUGGGGAAAACCUAUCAUCCCAACUGCUUUGCCUGCACGAUGUGCAAACGUCCUUUUCCACCAGGAGACCGGGUUACCUUUAAUGGAAGAGACUGUCUCUGUCAAAUGUGUGCUCAACCAAUAGCAUCCAGUCCAAAAGAACUCGCCACUUCCAGUAACUGUGCAGGCUGUGGAAGAGAUAUAAAAAAUGGACAAGCCUUGCUUGCCUUGGACAAGCAAUGGCAUCUUGGGUGCUUCAAGUGCAAAGCCUGUGCGAAGGUUCUAACUGGAGAAUACAUCAGCAAAGAUGGUGCCCCUUACUGUGAAAAGGACUAUCAAGUUCUCUUUGGGGUCAAAUGUGAAGCAUGCCAUCAGUUCAUCACUGGAAAGGUCCUAGAAGCAGGGGACAAACAUUACCAUCCAAGUUGUGCACGAUGCAGCAGAUGCAACCAAAUGUUCACAGAAGGAGAAGAAAUGUAUCUGCAAGGUUCAACAGUUUGGCAUCCCGACUGUAAACUGUCUACAAAGGGAGAUGAAAAGCUAAGGCAUUCCUCAUCUGAUUUCUUUUAUCCAAAAAGUUUGGUUCUUUGCAGGCCUUACUCUUCAGAGCUGUUUUCACCAUCUUGUAUACUGAACACAAUCAAAACGUUAAGGCAGCCUACCCGGACAUCCUCAGAGAGUAUUUAUUCAAGGCCUGGAUCCAGUAUUCCUGGUUCACCAGGACACACAAUCUAUGCAAAAGUAGACAAUGAGAUCCUUGAUUAUAAGGAUUUAGCAGCCAUUCCCAAAGUCAAGGCCAUCUAUGACAUUGAGCGUCCAGAUCUAAUUACUUACGAACCUUUCUACACUUCUGCCUACGAAGAGAGACAAGAAAGACAGAGCCUUGGAGAGAGUUCAAGAUACGGCAGUUCUCCUGUGCAUGAUGAAAGUUCACCAAGGACACUCUCUCCAACUCCAUCUGCAGAAGGUUAUCAGGAUUUUCGAGAACGAAUGAUACACCGGUCAACCAGUCAGGGUUCCAUUGGUUCCCCUGUAUACAGUCGUCAUAGCUACACUCCCACCAUGUCACGUUCGCCUCAGCAUUUCCACAGACCUGGCAAUGAGCCGUCCAGCGGUCGGAAUUCCCCCGCCCCUUAUCGGCCCGACAGUCGCCCUCUAACACCAACUUACGCUCAGGCCCCUAAACAUUUCCAUGUUCCAGAUCAAGGGAUCAAUAUUUAUAGAAAACCACCCAUCUACAAACAGCAUGAUGCAGCUGCUCUGGCAGCCCAGAACAAGCCUUUCGAUGAUAUCAUCAAGUCCUCCAAGUUCCCAGCAGCCCAUGCUCCAGCACCCAACGAGAUUCCAAAGAUUGAGACAGAAUACUGGCCAGGUCCUCCCUCACUUGCGGCUGUAGGAUUUGAUAUGCGACGCCGAUCCACUGGCAGAGAUGAAGACCUUGAAGAACUUCAGAGGCGUCGGCAGCUGCAGGAGGAACAGUUAAUGAAGCUGAACUCAGGCCUGGGGCAAUUGAUACUAAAAGAAGAGAUGGAAAAGGAAAAGUCACUACUUGCCAGCAGAUGUUACGAUUCUCCAGUUAAUUCAUCAUUACAUGCCGCUGCUUCUAAAACUUCUUCACUGCCUGGGUAUGGACGAAAUGGACUCCACAGGCCGAUGUCCACAGACUUUGGUCAGUACAACAGUUAUGGGGAUGUGAGCAAUACAACUCGAGAUUACCAGUUUCACCCAGAUGGUCCCGUCCCUGGAAUGCGAAUGGACCGAGGAGUGUCUAUGCCUAACAUGUUGGAACCAAAGAUAUUUCCUUACGAAGUACUCAUGGUGACCAACAGAGGGCGAAAUAAAAUUCUAAGACAAGUGGAUAGAACCAGGUUGGAGCGUCAUUUAGCACCUGAAGUUUUUCAAGAAAUAUUUGGCAUGACAAUACAGGAAUUUGAUAAGUUACCUCUCUGGAGACGCAACGAUAUGAAGAAGAAAGCCAAACUCUUCUGAAUUCUUCUUUCUUGGGAGAGGGAAGAUAUCAUGUAAUAGGAUAAUGUAUUAUAAUCGAGUCCAAACCCUCUUUGGACGGCAAACAGUCAAGAAGGUGGGGAGGAGAGAAGGGACAAUCUGAGAAAGGCACAUGCUAAUGCCGUGAGAUUGUGCAAUGGCCUGUCAAGCUUGCCAUAGGCAGAGACAUGAAAGGUUCUUUGUUCAAAACUCAGUCAUGGUUUUCACUCAUGAAGUUUUUAUAUGGCAUAUAUAUUCAGUCUUCUGCCUUCCUCAUUUUCCCUUGACUUUCAUUCAAAGGUUGAGGACACUAAUUGAGAAAACCCAGGAAGUGCCCGUAGGAUGCCAGCUCACAAUUGUGUGGUCAUGGUCUUUCCAAGCAAUGAAUGAAUAUAUUCUAUAGUUAAGUAAGGAGUCCUGUGUAAUAUAUUUAUCCUCUGGGCACAGCUAUUACAGUUAAUUGGCCUUAUUGUCAAACGGCUUAUUUUUUCCGCAGUACCCAUCAAUAAAAUAGGCUGCUGAACAGAGGUAUUCUGCUGUGCUGCAUACUAGCCAUUUUUUUUUAAAACAAGCUCCCAGCACUUGCACAUAUCUGGUAGUAAAUUGCCAGGUUUUGUUGUUGAAACUCUUUGUUCCUCCAUCUUUUCCUGCAUUUCCUGCAUUAACAUAUAAUUUUUGCUUUAAACCACUUGGUUGAAAAUUAACAAGAAGAGCAAGCAUGUAAACCAAAAAUUGGUUUCUCGGUUUAAUGAUGAAGGAAUUAUUUCAACUAUCACGUUAAAUGUAAGCCAUAGUGUCAUGCAAUCGUAGGUUUAAUUUAGAUGUGACCUUUGCUGUGUGAAAAUCACUAUGACAUAGUGUGGUCACGCAUUGCUUGAUUGUGCUUGAAAAUAAGCACUGCGUGGGCCAAUGUAUUGAUGUUGUUCCUUUUCAUGUUAAAAUAAACAAUAUUAAUCACACUGGUCCAGGAAAAAGAAGGUCUGUACAGGGGCAGUAACUUAUUGUGAUCAACCAAAAAGCAUACAAUCAUGUUUAAACUCUAAGACUCUCUCCAGUUCUCCUCUCAUAAGUUGUAGGAUCUGAUACAUGAUCAUCUUUCAUAGGAUCUAGAAUACAUUGCAUUGGCAACCUUCAGUUUCAAAAGACUAUGGUAUCGUGCUCUGGAUAGAGGUCCUAAAACAGCAUCUGGUGUGACUAAGAAUAGGUGUCCUAGAAAAUCAUCAUGCUGUCAUCCUUACUAUGAAACUGAAGACUGAAGAGUGUUUUGUGAGAUCAACUAAUGCCAAGCAAGUCAAAAGAUUGGACAUUUUCAAAGUACUCUACAUAGCCUGUUCCAGGAUUGGAACAGCAUUUUUCAAUAGCUAGUACCAUCCAACUGCAAAGGUUACAUUUGAAUUUUUAAAAAACGUCUACCAGAAUAGUGAACUUGGAAAUGUUAUUAUUAUAUUUUAACUAUUAUAUGGAGUGACUUUGCUGCUACACAGUGAUCGUUCAAGCUAUUUUCUUGUAUGCACUGAUAAUAUUGCACAAUAUGUCAUGUUAAACAUUGUUUAAUUUGAUUUUCUUCAUGUAAUCACUCAUUAUUCAUAUAAGAAGACUUGAAUUUUGUGUUAUUUUACUAUAUACAGUUGCAAAUAGGUUUUUUUCUUCUUAUUACUAUCAGUGCCUGAAAAAAAAAAUCUUUAUCUUGGGCAAUUUCUGAAUCAAAUGAUCCGCUCAACUACAUGCAGCUUUUUUUUUUAGAGGAUAUUGUGUGACCUGGCCUCUUGUCUACCUAAAUUGCUUGGUAGGUUGUGUAUCUUCCGUAAAGGACACAUAACAUUUUCUUUGAUAGAAUCAGAAGCCAUUUUUGGCUGACAAUAGGGUGCAGUGAUACAUUAAUUUUUUACCUGAGUGAUGACUGCCACUAUAUAAAUUUUUACUUUUUCUCUUUUAAUGUGCAGUUUCUGCCAACAGUGUAAUCCUGUAUAUAUAUAUACAAUAGUUUAUACUAAUUUAGAAGCAAAAAUUUGCUAAAUCAAAUGAAGCUUGUCAUCUAGUAAGUCUGUGUAGCAUAGAUGAGGAACCUGUUGCUCUCCAGAUGUUGCAAGACCUCCCAACUCCUGCCUUUCUUACCAUUAGCCCGGGGGGGGGGGCAACAUUUGUUAAUGUUAUUCAACAAUACUGUAAGGCUACAGAUUCCGUAUCUCUUCCCAUGUUUAGAUAGCAAUUCUUAUUGUAAGGUUUAUGCAGGAAGGACUUGUAGUAUUUUUUGCUCUUACAUUUAAGAGCUAAGAGUAGGUGGAUUCCAGUGACAUAUCUAAAUUCAUAACAGGUGAUCAAGAUACUAAUGGCUAAUCCCUUUGCUCUUAGUUUAUUAUCCUCCUAAAUUAGGCUACUAGAUCUGGUCUGCAAAAAUCCAGAAGACCAUGAUGUGGAAGCAAAGAAAGAAGAGUUUUAUUUGUGGCCAUUUAAUGAUUUUUGCAGCCUGUGUACAAAAUGAUGAAGAUUUUCAGCAUAUCAGUACAGAUGUUCAGAAGAUUGUGUGGCAGAAUUCAUGUAAAAUGUUAACUCCAUUUUAUCACAUUGUAAUUAGCUGUGAAAGGAUGUUCAACAGAAAAGAUCCAGAUCAAGAGGUCUGUGCAGUCCUGAGCUGGAUGGAGGAAAUGGGGAAGAGAUUCAGGGUAGCCAGACCCUAAAAUCUCUCAUGAUAUAUCUGAUGCCUUAGAAAGCUACCAGCUUGGCAAGAUUCUGUCAAUUAGAUGUAAACAAAUAAAGGAUUGGACAUGAUUGGAUCUCACUGGGCUUGGGCCUGACAAUAGGAGAAGGAAUGGCACAACCAUACUGGUGGUAUGUUAUUGUUUGUAGGAAUUUAUCACCUGGCCAAGGAUAAUUUUUCUUUAGCCUGCUUCACAGGUUCCCGCAAACUGAUGUCCUUCAAUAUCCUAUCCUGGGCUUAAUAUAUUCUAGAAAUUAAAAUCCAAAAUAGCUGAAGGGCACUGUUGGGCAAUAGUGAGAGAAGAAUGUCCAAUAAUCACAAGAAUAAAUAUAUUAUGACAGGGGGGGAGGGGGCAAUCAUGCCACAUGACAAUUUUCAGCUUUCUAAUUCUAUUAUCUCAGGCAAUAUUACCAAUUAAAACAAAUAGUAGCAGGAGUCAGGAGGCUCAAAGAAACUGUGUUUGAAUUCUGUAAUUUUCUGUAAUUAUGUAUUCGACUGACCUAUUAAACUAGCUAUAAUUUAGUCAAAGAGGACAAUUUGAUGAGUGAUUUACGAAGGAAUGUGCUGUUUAUCAGAGAAAUUGGGCCUUUGUCCCAAAAGCAAAUUCUAGACUGGAAGCCAAUCAGUUGAAGAGAGCCAUCCGAGCUGCCUCUUUUCCUGGACAUGUUAUUGCUUCAACUGCACAUCGAUGGUUUCUGUGUGAUUAGGCAUCCUUUCUACUUUUUUGUCCUUGGUUCAAUGCUUUCGUACAAAUGAGCUCUGGACAGACAUUUGUAUCUGGUGCACAAAAAGGAUUAAAGCAGCGUAUCGUAAUUGCAGUUCAUUGAAUUAGCCAACAUCCAGCCAUAUCUGUGCUUCCUUUUUUUUCAUUCAGGAUGUUUAUAUCUUGAAAAUUAGAAUAGUUGCUUCCUAUCUCCUCAUGGAAUGAAAUCUCCAUUGCCUUUUAUUCUUCAAUUGCAUUUCCCUAAACUGAGAAGUAAAAGGUAUAAUCUACAGCAUGGCUACUAGUUGAAAUCAUUCCAUGUAUGCUUCAUAUUGCCUGGGAAGCCAAGCAUUUAUUGGUUCCAACCACAAAGUCCAGUGUUUCCCCCCUCAUUCUUGAUUAAUCUUGAUUUAACAAGACCUGAAUUCUAUAUUCUCAGUUUCCACACACAUUAUUCCAAGAGCAGUGACACUUUUUACCUUUUAGAACAGGGGUGUUAAACUUGUGUCAUUCACAAGAGCAUCACAUGAUAUAUUGGGACUUUUUUCUCCUUUGCUAAACUGGGCAUGGGCGUGGCCAGCGCAUGAAGCAUCUGACCUGUUGGCCACAAGUUUGACAACCCUGUUUUAGAAGUAAGAUAUUCCCUGUAAAUAGACUUUCUCCUUUAAGAUAAAUAGCUAGUUAAGAUAUCAUAUCAAUGCUUUGCACACUCUCUUACACCCUGAAACAACAAUAGACGGGAGGGAGUUACUAAAAAGAAUGCAGAUGAAUUCAUGAUUAGACAAUUAGUUCAUCUCUGACCAAUCCCUGUAAUUCCAGAAAAAUUUGUGAUCACAAAUGAAAAUUUAACAGUUGAUGACAAUCCUUCAAGAGUAACAAUUCCUAGCAUUACUCAUCAGUAGUUGGGCUCUUCUGUUGCAAAACAACAUUGCAAUUGGGUUUCUGCAAUUUCAGGAUGAAAACGAAUGUUAUUCUGUAUAUUCUACUAUUAUUUGCUGACAUGUGAGUAUGACAUACUUUGUAAUCUUACAAUUAUGGAUAGAUCGGGUUUUUUUAAAAAAAAUGUGUUACAAGUAGUCCUCCAAGUACGACACAAUUGAGCCCAAAAUUUUUGUUAUUAAGCGAGACAUUUGUUAAAUGAAUUUUGUUAGGAAACUGCAGCCAUCAUAAAUAUGAGUCAGCUGCCAAGCAUCUAAAUUUUGAUCACAUGAUUAUGGGGAUGCUGCAAUGGUCAUAAAUGUGGAAAACGAUCAUAAGUCACUUUUUUUCAGUGUUGUUAUAACUUUGAACAGUCACUAACUGAACUGUUGUAAGUCAAGGACUAUCUGUAUUUAUUUUGUGAGGAAGUACAAUUUAUUUGGGAGACUACUUCCCAAUUAUAUUAAUUUUAUAAAAGAAGACUUAAAAGGAUCUUACUACAAAUAUAAACGACCGAAAACCAGCAAACAUAUUUAAUGUGGUGCUAAAAUGGAACUGAUUAGAAAGACUGAGCUUUUUCCUUGUAUUGUUUUACAAAUGUGCUAAUGACUUGAAGUGUUAUUGUACAAAUAAUUUGAUUACGUAACUACCUACUUACCACUAUCACCAUUCCCCACCUUAUAUGUAUCCAAAAACACAUUUUAGCCCAAAUUUUAAGAUUUUUUUUAAAAAACACUGAUUCAAUUGUAUUCUAAUGGGAAGAGUAAUACCAAAACUGAGGUGAAGUAGAUAGGCUUCACUGUAGUGAUAUACAAAUUCACCACCACUAUUUGAUAAGUUAUUGCACACAGCAAAAUCACAUCUCUUAAAAAUGCAAGUAAAUGUCAAAAGAUUAAUAAGCAACACAUGGCUAUUGCAGAAUAAAUACUGUACUGUGGAAGCACUGCAGAAUGCAGAUUGUCAUCAUGGAGGACUUGUGAUGUGUAUUGUUCAAUUAUUUACCUUGGUAGUGCUGGGGGGGGUCAGAAACUAUAUGAGAAGAAAAUUAUCUACAGAAGGAUAAUCUAUUGGUGCUUAUCUACAUUGUAUGAUGCCCGUUCUUCUGUUGUACGUUUCUUCUGUAUUUUUAAUGCAACCUACUAAAAAGGGAUAUUUUGGUUCAGAUCCUUUUUCAUGUUACAAUUCCAUCUUCCCACUUCCAGGAAAACUGCAUCAGAAAUAUAGUAUGAAGAAAUGAAGCUAAAUUGCUUCCCAAAACAGAGCUAUUAAAAAAAUAUAUAUUUCUUGGUUUGAAAAAACAGCAGUAGCUCUCCAAGAUUGUCAAGGCAAGCUUAAUUCCAAAUAUAUAAAUUCAAGAAACAUGAAAAAGGGUCUUUAAAAUAUUUUCUUCAAUGUGCAAAAUAAUUUCUAAAAGGAAAAAUGAAUAUGUUUAGUACCACACUCUUGGGAUAUUCAUCCAUGUGUAAAAAUACUGUAAUAACCCAACAUGAAUUUGUUUCCCAAAGGGUUUUAACUAAAAUCACUGAAACAUAAAUUUUGCUUUAAGUGCCUAUAAAGUUAAUUUAUGGCAAAUACCUCUUCAAGAGUAUAGAUUUUAAGGGUAUGGAUUUUACAUACAAAUCUAAGGCUAUCAGAUUUGAGUUUCAAGAAUCUGGUAAUCCAUGAGAUGGAAGGGCAAGGUAUUGAAAAAUAUUUUUAUUGUUAUUUCAUGAUUUUUGCAUAUCAAUCUGGUAGCCCUACCAGAAAUCUGUUUCUUCAAGAAUGAGUGCUAAUUUGCACACCAACUUCUGAUCCCAAAUCAAGCCCAGUUGAAUCAGAUGGUAAAGGUUGAAUAUUAGACUUUUUUUCAGCCACCUAGAGAAGAAUCUGCUUAUUCGGUGCUAAGAGUAGUAUUUUCUAUAAAGUAGUUUAAAUUACUGACAAUAGUUAUAGUGAUGAAGCCAUAUCUCUGAUUUUUAGGGACAUGACUCUUAAUUAAUAAUAUUUUGCUUAAAAUCUCAAGGUUUAAAUUUAUCCAUUUGUCCCAUGACCAGCCGAUGUUCAGAACUGAAAAAAAAGCCUUUUUCAGAAUUUCCCUUUUUCUCUGCCUCUCCCCCUUUUUAUUGUUGUUAUGGAAUAGCUCUGAUUAAGAGCCUUUGUUGAAAGAGAAAGCCACCAAUGCCUAUCCAUAGAGUUAAAUCUGCUUCUCUGCAAAAUGGCCAUUGUUGCUAUUCAUGCUGUUUGCAAAUGUCAUCCUAAUGCCACUAUAAUCUACAUUGCUGUUGUACUCAUACCAAGUAGAUGAAUAAAGUUUUAAACUUUAUUCUUA